AUGUCGAGCAGAUCCUUGCUGGCGUUUACGGCAGGUACAGCCGGAGCAAUUAUCCUAAGCUAUUGCAUCUACUACGAUCAGAAGCGUCGAUCCGACCCGGAAUAUAAGCGGAAGGUUCAUCAGCGUCGCCAACGGGAUAUAAAUAAUGAUGAUAAUCAAGCGACGGCCCAUCAAAAUGAUAUUCCCCUUUACGAUACCAGUGAUCAUUCGGCUUUGGAGCAAUCCUUUUACAAUGAAAUGAAAGUGGGCGAACAGUUAAUUAGCAAUGGUAAUAUCGCCGAUGGUGUUAGCCAUUUUGCUAAUGCCCUUAUGAUGUGUGCCCAACCGUUGCCCCUGUUCCAGACAUUCCAGGAAUCCCUACCGGAUUUUGUCUUUAUGCCAUUGCUAAUGAAACUAACUGAACUUCAGAGCAAUAGCAGCUCAAACAAGGAUAAUUCAAUCAGCACUCCAGAUCCGGUAUAA